UUGCAGUCAGAUGUUGCAUGGAUAAAUACCAUGCAAAUAAGAAGUUGCUGUGUUUUAAUCAGUUUACAGCUCAAAUCCAGUGUUUUAAUCAGUUUAGAUACAGUAUUUGCAUAUCAAUAAUAUAUUGAAGACCAUCUGUUACUGUCUGCCCAGUGAGAGAGAAUAUUAGAUUGAAUGUUGAUUACAGGUUGGAGGACAUGAAUAGAAAAGCUUCUAAAAUCAAGAAAUGAUUACAACAAUCAAGGUUUGCUUGCAAACAUGGGUUCUAUAUUUUCUCUCUCUCUUGCUCUCUCGCUCUCUUGCUCUCUCGCUCUCAUCUCAAUGGUCACUGAUCAUCAGAUCCUUGGAAAAGCACGCUCAGUGCAGGUACCUUAAACCGCAGAUCAAGUCUCACCACGGCCAUGUGCAAAAACUGUUUGAAUAAAGUGUGAAAUUAUCGGAAUAAUCAAGAUCUCAAAAAUCAGGUAUGUUUUGUCUCUCUUUAUUAUUCAGAUAAUAUGUAAUAUGAAUUAUCGAAAAUCCUUAUGAGCAAUUCAUGUUAAAAGAAAACCUAUUAUGAGAGGUGUAGGUUUUAAUGAUGCUCUCUGAUAUUCAGGAAAAGUAAAAAGCUCUAGUGAUUCAUGAUAGUUUUACUUUACAAGACAGAUGUCAGUAAAUUAAUAUACACAUUUUGAGAAAAGAUCAAAAAAAGGAUUUCUACUUGUUGAUUGAAAACAAUUCCAAUACCAAGUUAAUUACCCAGUAGUACCUGUAUCUUGUUCACAGACCAGUUCAGGAUUUCAUAGUCAUAAACUGUGACCAUACAGUCAGGAGAUCUCUUCUAUGAGGGGGCACAUCAUCAGAUUCAGAACUCAUAGAGAUGAAUGACCACCCAGGACAUUACAACACAUUGAGAGCGCUCUGGAUGGAUCAACCAUCAACAUCCAAUGGCAUCGGGGGGCAGCUGUGUGUGUAGGUUCUCUGUGUGGGUACCCACUUUUUUUUUAGCAUAUUAGGGUAUGUUAAGCUUGUAUUUUUGUGUCUGUGCUGUAGUUUGGUGUGUGUGAUGUAUGUGUAGUGAGUGGUGUUAAUAAGGCAGGCUCAGACAGGCAGUGUAUGUUAGUACGGUGUUGUAUCUGUGCUGGGCUAGCUGCACUCAUGGCUCGUAAACGGAGUGGAGGCUGCUGCCCCCGGCCGCCCCUCAAUGAGGACAAUGCCCGCUUCUGCCUGCUGGCAGGGCUUAUCCUGCUCUACCUGCUGUGUGGGGCGGCUGUGUUCUCAGCCCUGGAGCGCCCCUCCGAGCUCCGUGCCCGCCGCCUCUGGGACCAGCAGCUGGCCAACUUCACCCUGAGUCACCAGGUAAGCCUGGGAGCCUUGCACGCGCUGCUGAGACAGUAUGAAGAGGCAAAUGGGGCUGGGAUCAGAGUGGACGCUCUUAGGCCCCGCUGGGACUUCUCUGGAGCCUUCUACUUUGUCGGCACGGUUGUGUCCACCAUCGGCUUUGGUAUGACCACCCCAGCUACCAUCCCUGGUAAAAUAUUCCUGAUCUUCUACGGCCUCAUUGGCUGUGCCGCCACCAUCCUAUUCUUCAACCUCUUCCUGGAGAGGAUCAUCACCAUGCUAGCCUACAUCAUGCGCUGGUGCCACGAGCGGAGGAUGAGGCGCUCAGGGGUGGGGCCUGUGUCUGGGGUCGGGGAGCCCCGCAGAGAGGAGGACAGUCUGGAGGGUUGGAAGCCCUCUGUCUACUACGUGAUGCUGAUCCUGGGAGUGGCGUCUGUGCUGAUCGCCUGCAGCGCCUCCUCUCUGUACUGCUCCAUGGAAGACUGGAGCUACAUGAACUCCCUGUACUUCUGCUUUGUGGCCUUCAGCACUAUCGGCUUCGGGGACCUGGUGAGCAGCCAGAGGGAGCGUUAUGAGACCCAGGAUGCCUAUCGCCUGGGCAACUGUCUCUUCAUCCUCAUGGGCGUGUGCUGCAUCUACUCCCUGUUCAACGUUAUCUCCAUCAUCAUCAAACAGACUCUCAACUGGAUCCUGACCCAGCUGGCUUGCCCAGGCCGGCGCUGUCCCUGCUCUUGCCCUAAGAGGGGCCUCUGCCGGCGGCUCUGCUGCCCCUGCCUCCCAAACAAACACACCGGCUUGAGGCCUCCACCUGCACGGCUCCGCCAGCAGCGGCUCAAACGCAAUGGUGUGCAGCCCACCCCGUCCCACCCCCCUGCGAGGCGACACCGCUACACAGACGCCUCGGUGGAGACCGUGUGUAACAGCGAGACAGACGCAGGGAUGGGGGUGGAUGGGGUCGCUGGAGGCCGGCGUCUCUCUGGGGAGAUGAUCUCGGUGAAUGACUUCACAGCAUCCAAUAAGGUGUCUCUGGCGCUGCUGCAGAAGCAGCUGUGUGAGACGGCCCACCAGGGCCCCCGUCAGAGCCCCGUUCCUCGUCACAACGGCUUCUCUGGGGGGGUGGGCGCAUUCGCCAUCAUGAACAACCGCCUGCAGGAGACCAGUGUGGACAGGUAAUCACACCUGACCCCAGUCACACUAACUCAAAAUAAAAAAUAAAGCACUGUUUUCUGAGGGUUAUUGUAAUAUUACCGAAUGGUGGACUGGAUGCUGGAUCCUCUUCUGUUAUUCCUAGAAAACUAGUGACGUUUCAUCCUCAGAAUUAGCAUUGUUUGUCGAUCAAAGUACAGUAGUGAAACAGAACAGUUGAAUGCUACAGCUGAACAUACAUAUUUGCCAAAUGUAAAUAUAUUCACACAUUAAAACUCAUACGUUUUCAAUGUUACUCAUGUUGAGGGUAGCUAGGUUCUUUGUUCUAGACAUGAUGAUAGCCCACAGCAGACCUCUACUCUGUCUGACAGCUUUUCAGAAUGCCAGACAUUCAUGAUGAUCACUGACAAUGGUCCCUCUAAACUGCACACUGGCGCACAGCUCCCCUCAGACUGCCGCACAGCUCCCUUCAGACUGGAGCACAGCUCCCCUCAGACUGCCGCACAGCUCCCCUCAGACUGGAGCACAGCUCCCCUCAGACUGCCGCACAGCUCCCCUCAGACUGCCGCACAGCUCCCCUCAGACUGCCGCACAGAUUGAACUUCUCUCAACUUUCUAGUUUUCCCCUUCAGUUAACACUAUCAACGUUUCGCUCUGCUGUGGGAAUUGUCCUCAAAUCAACGCAAUAUUAGCCACUUUCAAUGUAACAUUUCGAAACAAAAUGAACUAUGCAAAGCUAACUGUGCAAGAGAUGCUAUUGUAGGCAGCACACAUUGGAGUAGGAUUCUGUUGCAUUGACAUGCACGACAGAGGCCCGUACUCUACGCAGGCCGGUGCAUCAUAACCAAUCAGAGCUGCAGUAGACAUAUUGGCUGCAUGAGGGUCGUGAGUAGAUGCACUUGUUUUGAGAUCAAAGCGAGAGCUGUGUAGCCACCUGUGCACAUUUGUUCAUAUUCUUUGCUAGUUUGUGAGUUAUUAGCCGAGUUAUAGUGAAUUCCUAGUCAACAAUUUGGGAGUGGUUGCUUCCUACAAGAGCCCAAAAUGUGUGCAUUUCUAGCCAUCUUUGAAAAUCAAGUCAGGUAAAGAGCUUUUUUUUAAAUCUCUUAAAGGGGCAGUGUUAUAUUUUGAGACGGUCUUGAAUAAGCUAAAUAGUCAAUAGGCAGAGAGUAGCAUAAUUUGUCUCAUUCUCUGUAAUAAUGGUAUGGGAAUAAUAAAGAAUUUUAUUUUGUAAAGUGGUUUCUUGCAUCAAACAACACAACUGUUCAGUCACCUCCUUGUCUGAAGAACAAGUGGAUAAACAGGUUGUUUUUGGCCUAUAUUGAACACCGCACAUUUGAUGCUACUGUAGGCUGAAUGAUAGAACAGCUAUUUCCAUGUUAAAAUGUUAUGGGAUGCAUUUUUCUCCGUUGCUUCGAUGGUAGGCCACUCUGGUAGGCCUACAUAUUGAACAAAUAGCCACAGUAGCCUACUUGGCCACUGUUAAAACUGUAACUUAAAGAAGUAAAUGCACGCCAGAAGUUGCACAGAAUUUUCACAAUGUUAAAGUCUGCGCUCAGCAGAAAUUUGCUCAGUGAUGAAAAAAUUUGAGGGAACAUUGAUCACUGAUCUCCUAUUAAUACACUGCUUGAAUGUUCCUGUUUGGUUCUGUGGUGAGAUGCGGUGGACAGAUGCCUUUCAUUUAAACAGCGUCUCUCUGGAGAUGGGUUUGAAAUGCUCAAGUGAUUGGCUCAAAUACAAUGCUGAAUGCAAUCAGGCUUUGUGUGGAGUGUGGAGACGUGGAGGGCCUCUUGAGAAGACCCACUGAUUUAUGAGAGCUUUGCAGAUGUGUCCUGAGCUCCACCACAACACAAUGGAUUUAUGUGGGGUGGUAUCCGGGAUCAGUGAACAUAGAAAUGUAUCCAUAUUAUGUAUAUGCAUCCUCGGUCACCUAAUGUCUAGGGCUCGGGUAGAGAACCUGUUGAAUAUGUAUCACAGUUGAAUUGUGUUAAUUAGAUAGAAAGCCCUCAGACACACAGUAUGAGAGCUGUAAAAGCGAAAACAAAACCUCUUCAUCUUAAUCAAAUAUAGUCUAGCCCUGGGAAAUGUAUUUAUGUCAAUAAACGAUAUGAGAGUGUGACAUCCACAAUAAUCUGGAGUGAGUUACGUUUUGCCAAUAUUCUGUGCUCAUUUUAACUGGUUCGUGCCCCCUCAUACCUAUGCAAAUAUUUCCCUCAAGCAUGACCUUGUUCAUCCAUAGUUAUCUCUUUACCAUUUUCCUGUACCAAAUUAUCAUUACCAGUGGUGUAAAGUACUUCAUUAAGUUGUCUUUGGGGGAUCUGUAUAUUACUAUUCAUAUUUUUUACAAUUUUCACUUUUACUCCACUUCAUUCCUAAAGAAAAUAUGUACUUUUUACUCCCGUACAUUUUCCCUGACACCAAAAAGUACUCAUUACAUUUUUUAUGCUCAGGAUGGACAGGAUUAUGGUGCAAUUCACACACCUAUCAAUAUAACGCAUUGCCAUCCCUACUGCCUCUGAUCUGUCGAACUCACUGCACACAAAUACUGCGCUUGUAAAUUAUCUUGGAGUGUUGGAGUGUGCCCGUGUCUGUCUGUAUACAAAAAAAGAAAAUCAUGCCGUCUGGUUUGCUUAAUACUUUUACUUUUUACUUUGACAAUUGAGUACUUUUUCCACCACUGUACAUAAGUACAUUUAAAAGCAGAUACUUUUAGACUUUUACUCAAGUAGCAUUUACUGGGUGACUUUUACUUUUACUUUAGUCAUUUUCUAUUAAGGUAUCUUUACUUUUACAAUUUAUUACUUUUUCCACCACUGUUCAUUACCAGUGGCGACCAGUCAUUCAGGACAGGUGGGGCAGAGCCUGUUUGAGCCCCACUUGUUUAGCUAAAAAAAAAUAUAUAUAUGUAUAUAUUUUUUUGGUUGGCUGUUUUGCAUGUUAUUUUGCCAUUCAUUCUUGUCACAUAUCAGUUUGCAAACAAUGUAAAAACAAAUUUAUUGAGUGAAUAAAGCUGCAUACAAACAGGGUUUCUUUCUUGCUUUCUUGAGUAAGGCAGCUCCAAAAUGCAGGUGUUUCAGCCAAGCUCAGUGCUUUCUGGGGUGGACGGGCAACCAGCGGAAAAUACAGAGUGUAGGCGAUGGUAAUCUUCUCUAGCUGCGCCAUAAUUGGCUCAGUGUUCUGUCACUCAUUGGGACACUACGUCACCGCAGGAUCUACAGGGAGAGCUAGGCAGUUCAAGCCCCCUUGGGUGCUGCCAUAGAUUUACAUUAGAAGGGCCCAUCGAAGAAAGCUCAAGGUCCUUGGCCACAGAUAAAAUUCCGUCAAAUCAUGUUAUAUCUACCGUAGCUUUGAUUGGACUGAUCAUAACAUCAUACUUUCAAAAUCUUAGCUAUCAAGCUAGGCAAGCAGUCAUCAUCAUGAAUCACGUCGACAAUCUACUGGCAAAUCCUUUUCAAUCCUUGUCAUAUGAAGAGAAAUUAUAGAUAAAACGUAUCAGUGCUCAUUGGCCAUUGGACAUAAACGUUACACAACAGAUCAGAAAUAGCAAAUUCAACAAUGAGUGGUUUGGAAGGAAUCAGUGGCAAACUUGGGGUUCCCGAGUGGUGCAGCGGUCUAAGGAACUGCAUCUCACGACCCCGGUUCGAUUCCAGGCUGUAUCACAACUGGCUGUGAUUGGGAGUCCCAUAGGGCGGCGCACAAUUGGCCCAGCAUCAGCCGGGUUAGGGUUUGGCUGGGGUAGGCCGUCAUUGUAAAUAAUAAUUUGUUCUUAACUGACUUGCCUAGUCAAAUAAAUGUAAAUGUACAUUUUUUUCCGCCUGCCUGCUAUUCGGAGGAGAGGGUGUGUGGUCCAAACGGGGUUAAGGAUUUAAAACAUCUGUCUGAAAGGGGUCUUUUUUCCAAGUUUAAAAGGAUAAACAUUCACACGGAACACCAUGGGCCAGAAAAGGUUGAAUACAUUGGCCAUGCUGUCAAUCCAGCAUGACUUCUGCUGCAUUCAAGACAACUGGGAACUCUGAAAAAAAACAAGCUCCGACUGGAAAAAUACGUUUUGAACGGUCAUCCAACUCGGAAUUCCAAGUCGGAACUCGGGCCUCUUUCUAGAGCUCCGAUCUGAAGGUGACUGACGUCAUGAUUCAACCUUGUUUUUUUCAGAGUUCCUAGUUGUCUUGAAAGCACCAUAAAUCCAGAGAAUGCCAGAAGUGGAUGACAAAGUUUGAUGACAAAAUGUUCCCACAAGAAGGACAGCACAACAACGGAGUCCAAAAAUGUAUUGUAUGCUACUGCAUAAAUUAUGUAAUACGUAUACUGUAGCUAAGAAAGAAAUACUAAGCAUACAGUAUGUUGUGUAGUAAGCUGUUAGUAGCCCAUCUGCCUACUGUUCUCUUGGAUGUCAAAUUCGGGCCUAUAGCUGGGGUGCAAUUUUGGUUUUAAAAGUGGGGGGGACAUAAUAAUAAUAAUUAUCAUUAUUAUUGUUUAUCCAGUCGGAUAAACACUCCAAACAGCCUACCCGACCACUCGGAGGCGUCCGCACACCGUUGCCCCCCGUCCCCAGUGAAAGUUCUGCCCCUGGCCUAUAGCCUGUUUUAGAGAAAUGUCAUAAUUAAAUAUUGUAAGAGCUUUCUUUGUCUGCUUGUAUGCCCCCUUUAUUUAUCCUACGGUUCUGACUUGGUGUACAGGGAGAAUACUGUGAGAAUGUCCCAUGUUCUGAAUUCUGUCACUGUACAUUUCAUAAGUAUUGAACAAAUAGUUAUAUUGACUACGUCCAUCUUAGCUCGCUCAUUAAUGUCUUAAUCGAAAUGACGGAUUGCCUCUGAUACGCUCAUCGUUCCCUUAUGCCAUAGUUUGUACAUCUCAAUUGAUAUAGGCCUAUUGCUUAUAUAGGUCUAUCUCAUUAAUAUCUUAUUCAUAAUUUUUCAUUGUUUUGCUUACUUUGUGUAUUGUAAUUAGCUCAUGUGCUUUUCUUGACGAGAAGGCGACACUAUAUAAUGCUGUUGAGUCUGUAACCAUGUUUGCCAGGGACAGUCUCUUUCCAUUCAAAUAUUUGUUUUCAACAAAAAGUUCAGUAAUAGACCCAUGUAAUUCCAGUUGAUAUUGCGAGUGUUGUUUUGUUUGUGCAAUGCGCUGUGUGUGCGUCAGUAUAUUGUAUAUAAAAGUGGAUCCUCAUGAUUGUAUUUUCCUUCCUUUUUAGACUACAUAGGCCUAA